CGAUCCGCCUGGAGGGACAAAAAUGAAUUAGACAAACAGUUGAAGACAUUUUUAGAAAGAGGAAUAAUUGAUUUGUUUUGAAGCCUUGAAGUGUGCCAUAACACAUCGGAAACAUUGAUUAAAAGUACUUUGAAACGUAGAAGUUUUCCAAAGAUCCUGCGGUGGGAGGACAUUGCACCUUUAAGAGCUUUGAUUAUGCGCCUAGUUUUUCCAUGUACGCAACUUGCAGUCUUUUAAAAAAUAAGUUCGCCCAGCGUGAAGAAGGCAAUGCUAUUUGGGGUUAGUGAGUUCCUGUGGGUAUGUUUUUAUUUUUGGAUAAACUACAGUAGUUCCGUGGAUUGCUGAAAUUUUUAUUGGGAAAGUUGUGCUGAGACUGCGCCCAUUCCUUUGCCUGAACGUAUUAUAGUUCAGGGGCUGGAGAGUUGUUACGUCUCCUGAAAGCAGGAAGAGACGGCGACUGAAACUGGCGGUCCCCUUCUCCUGAGUGAGAGUGGCGAAUCAAACUAUCCCGGUGCCCAUUCGGAGGCCACUUAUAACCAACUUAGGCUAUUUUAAUCUUUCACAGUGACCGGGAAAGUCUGGUGCUUAGAGGUAGAUUUUUAUUUUGAGAAUUAACAAACGUUUGAGUGAUUAAGAGCGUUCGGCAUGUCGGUGUCAGUGAAUUUCUAAAGAAAGUGUGAAGUCAAGAUGAGUUCUCCAGUCGACAACAAUCAGAGUCAACUGGAAGGAGUAACUCAGGCCGAAGGCAUUCUGGCUGAUUCAUCUUCCUUAUGGAAUUGGAAUUAUUGGAUCAACUGUUUCAUCCAGGAGAAAGUUUGCAUUUCCUUCGCGCUCUGGGUUUUAUCGAUGCUAUUUUGGGCAAUCGCUCAUAUUAUACUCUUUUAUUGGCGUUGCAAAUGGAGAAAAUGGAAAGAAGUAUCUUUAUCUUGUAACAUCUAUACUUUUUUGGGAGAUAUAUGCAACAUGUUUGGUGCACUUCUAGCAAAACAGCUGAGUAUUCAGGUUUUUACAGCAGCUUAUAUAGCUGCAGUGGAUAUUCUUCAGUUUAUAUUAAUCCUGUUUCCUGUGUGCGGUUCAAGAUCCAGAUCAAAAACAGGUCGGCCAAGACAGAGGAAUAAAAGAAGAACAAGUGCUAUGUUCAUGGCUUGCUUACCUUUCGCAAUGGGCACAAGUUACUACUUCUGGACUUCUCCUGUUCCUCAAAUGGAUAUUCGUGGACCAAGAAGGAGACUGCUUACCACAUUACUUCAGGAUAACACAGAAAUCAUUGGCUAUGCAUUGGGGGUGAUUGCAGUUUUUAUUGUCUGGACGUCAAAGUUUCCUCUGAUUUUAAAGGCAUCUCGGGGCAAGAUUGAUUGUAUUCUCGAGAAAUGGGCUCUAAUACUUUCAAUUUUUGGAGGUUUACUAUAUGCGGCAGCCACUCUGGCACACGAGAAAACUCCUGAGUUUAUCCUGCAAGCUUUACCAUGGCUGCUUAUCUUUCUUGGUGGUGCAGCUAUAGAUCUUUCUAUACUGUUCUUAUCAUAUUUACUGAAGCAUAAAACUACGCGCCAGCAGUGGGGUUUGGAAGUGGUAUUAGAAUCUGAUACUCUCUCUUUGUUGGAAUCUCCGGAACAAGAUGUGGAAGAAGAGAUUCAAGAAGAAGCACAGAGUUCAAACUGGAUGCCACUGAACAUACCCCAGAACAACAGAUAUUUGCGCAAGAUGGCAGAAAUAGGCCACUAUAUGGAUUUGAGCAUUGAACCAGUACAAGAGAUUGGAUUUGGUGUUAAAAGAUUACCUGGAGAUGGACAGACUUGUACAGAGAGAGGAAAAAGAGUGGAUAUCCAGUUAGUCCAUGAUCCCCCAAUGUACCCUCCAAAACAAGUUAUUCAUGCAAAUGUGUCCUCAUGUAGUUCAUCAGAUGUUACUUCCAUAAACUCUGAACUAGAGCAAAAGUACUUGGAAGCCUUAAACUCGGAACAGUGGGACUUUGAAGACAUUCCUCAAGAAUGGAAAAUAACUGGAAAGCAACAAGAACAUAACCUAAACCAUCUUUCAGAUCACGGUCCAAUGAUCAGCAUGAACCUCUUCCCUAACAGUAUUGCUACAAGUACACCAUCAGCUGGCUUUUGCCUCUCUGACACUGAAACGAUAAUAACUGAAGAAAGAACCUCUGCAAUUUUGGCUCAAUAUGAGGAAGAGGUCAAUAGGACCGGACGACGAUUAGCAAAGACUUUACUAUCUUGAUGUAAUUGUGAAUUUUUUUUACAUUUAUAAAUAAAGGCGUCAAAAUGUUUAUAUGA